GCACAGCUCUGCCUGCGCCUCUCUGCCUCUCAGCUCUACCGGCCUCUACCUCCACUCCGCCAUCUUGGCUCCUCUCUCCCUGCUAGUAGCCGAGUGCGGAAGAGGAAACUGCUCUCCGUGUGCGGGCUCAGGGUUCCGCCUGUGAGGGACGGCUUGUCACAUAUCCUCCACCGACACAGCCUGCUGCUUAUCCAUCAACAGUUAACCGGUUCUACACAGCAGCAGACACUCCGGGAGGAUGACUGGACGGUUACCGGCGUGUGUUGUCGACUGCGGCACAGGUUACACCAAACUGGGGUAUGCAGGGAACACAGAGCCGCAGUUCAUCGUUCCAUCAUGUAUCGCCAUCAAAGAGUCAGCCAAGGUCGGAGAUCAGGCCCAGCGGAGGAUGAUGAAGGGGGUGGAUGACUUAGAUUUCUACAUCGGAGAUGAAGCAGUAGACAAGCCCUCAUAUUCCACUAAGUGGCCAAUCCGUCAUGGGAUCGUGGAGGACUGGGACCUAAUGGAGCGCUUCAUGGAGCAGAUCAUCUUCAAGUACCUGAGGGCUGAGCCUGAGGACCACUACUUCCUCCUGACAGAGCCUCCUCUGAACACACCAGAAAACAGAGAGUACACAGCCGAGAUCAUGUUCGAGUCCUUCAAUGUACCGGGGCUGUACAUCGCUGUGCAGGCUGUGCUUGCUCUAGCAGCCUCCUGGACGUCCAGACAGGUGGGAGAGAGGACGCUGACGGGCACUGUCAUCGACAGCGGAGACGGUGUCACCCACGUCAUCCCCGUGGCUGAAGGCUAUGUAAUCGGCAGCUGUAUAAAGCACAUUCCCAUCGCAGGACGAGACAUCACCUACUUCACCCAGCAGCUUCUGAGGGAGAGGGAGGUGGGCAUCCCACCGGAGCAGUCGCUGGAGACAGCCAAGGCAGUCAAGGAGCGAUUCAGCUACGUGUGCCCGGAUCUAGUCAAAGAAAUCAGCAAGUACGACACGGACGGCUCCAAGUGGAUCAAGCAGUACACCGGCAUCAAUUCCAUCAGCAAGAAGGAGUUCACCAUCGACGUGGGCUACGAACGCUUCCUGGGGCCCGAGAUCUUCUUCCACCCAGAGUUUGCCAACCCUGACUUCACCCAGCCCAUCUCUGAAGUUGUGGACGAGGUCAUUCAGAACUGCCCUAUUGAUGUCAGACGUCCUCUCUAUAAGAACGUUGUCCUGUCAGGAGGCUCCACCAUGUUCAGGGACUUUGGGCGCCGUCUGCAGAGAGACUUAAAGAGGUCGGUUGAUGCCAGACUGAAGAUGAGCGAGGAGCUGAGCGGAGGCAAGCUCAAGCCCAAACCAAUCGAUGUCCAAGUUAUCACUCAUCAUAUGCAGAGAUAUGCCGUGUGGUUCGGUGGAUCAAUGUUAGCAUCAACUCCUGAGUUCUACCAGGUUUGCCACACCAAAAAGGACUACGAAGAGAUCGGGCCGAGCAUCUGUCGCCACAACCCUGUGUUUGGAGUCAUGUCUUAACUUCGGACCUCCAGAGUCUAACAGCGGCGGGUGGGGGUGGUGAAGUUAGGCUGUGUAAAGGACAGGCUCAGGAGGUUGGGGGACGGCGGUGCUUCUGUGCUUUUUGAUUACUUGUUCAGCUAUGGAUGUGUGGGACGAGAAGGCGAUCCAGAAUAUAGAAAGAAAAAAAAAAAAAAGAGACCAGACCAAACACAGACCGGCUGGAAAAUUUAUUGUGAAUGUUCCUUUUUUUUUUUCUUUCUCUCUGUUUUUUUUUCUUUUUUUUCUUUUUUGUCAAAAUGAGGGAAAACGGUUUGUAAAGCCAAAACAGUUUUAAGAACAUUUCUGGAUCUGUUUAGCAACAUGCAGUGAGUGAUGAUGAUAAAGAUUAUGAUGAUGAUAGUGAUGAUGGCUAUAAAGAUGGUGUUAGUGGGAGCGUAAAACAUGAUAACAAAAAAAACAUUGAUAGUAAUUUCCUGACACCAGAACAUAUUAUUUAUGUUUAUAAAACACGAGUCCGGGCACGAUCCGAAGACUCUCGAGAUCUUUGACAAGUUUGGAACAUAUUAUUGUCUCCUUUUAUUUACUGCAUUUUUUUCCAGCUUCAAAAUGCACGUCUGUGUAUCACGGUAAGAGCUUGUUUAUAUUUCAUACAAAAGUUUUUAUAUGUAAAAUGGGAAAUCAGGGGAAAAAAAAUAAUAGAUACCAGUAUCAGCAAGAGACUGUUUUAACCCACGAUGCAGCUUUGAUACGCAGUAUUUUCUUGAGUUUGAGUAGGUGUUCUCCUAUUAGUCCCCGACGUGUGUGUCAUUGCUGUCUCCCCUUUAAUUCUUCAUACAGUACAUUUAAUUCACAUCUGCUUUCACUUCCGACAAUGUCAGGAUUCCACCUCUGUGAUGCAGUGAAAGGAAAGAGAGAGGACUUACUGAGGUUAUAAAGAUGAAACUGAAUAAGAACGACUGUCAGAUCAGUAUUGUUAGACUAAAGUUUUUUUUAUUAUUAAAUACCAAAUUAUUAAAAAAGAAUGGGAUUUGUGUAUUUAAUGCCUUGCAACAUUCCAAUAAAGGCUGAACUUUGUUUCUA